AUGUCACGAAACGAUGAGUCCAGUCGGCCACGGCUGAAUUCGAAGGCCUCUAAAAAGGCUUCAACCAAUGAUCUACGGCAGCAGUUCUCGGAUCUACAGCAUAUUUUUGGUGUUGGCAAGAAAGAGAAUGUGAUGCCCAAUGAGAUUGUGUAUCCACCUUUGCCUCAGAAUGCGGAAAUGCCCGCAACGUUUAUGAAGAAACAGAGAUCAAGAAACUCGGAGAGCUCUGAGAACCAACUGGCUUCGCACCGCGCAUCUGCCUUACCCGCUGCUCCUGCUAAAAGUAUGAAUUUUCUCUCUGAUUUGAGUGACAAUCUACUUGUGGAGUGUCGAAAGCUCACUGCGGAAAACAAGAAGCUUAAACAAGACUACGAAGAUAAGGGUAGGGAAAUCGAGGUUAUGGCCACUCAGAUUAGUAAUAUUACAUUGCUCAACAAGAAGCUGAGCGAGCAGGAGGAAAAGCUCAAGGACGAUGCCUGGGAGCUGCAGGCCGAACUCCAAAGGCUUCGUGAUGAUAUGGGCCAGAGGACUUCGGAAAUGAGUAAACUGUCGCGUGGUAAGCUGGAAAAUGAUAGUGAACUUCAAAAUCUAAGAAAUCAGGUCGAAGAAUAUAGGCUGAGCCAUGAUGGACUUAAGCAUGAAAUGCAGUCUGCUAGUCAGAGACUAGAACUUGAAAUCAAGGAGUUGAAACAGCGAAACAUCGAUUUGAACGAAGAGAAUGAAGAGCUUCACAACAAGGUUGUUCGGUUAAACGAUGACUUAAAGAUCUCCAAGGAAACAUCGCAAACCCCAGGGAGAUGGGCAGGUGUGCCGAAACUCGCUCCUGACUCUUCUUUCGAGGACAGCGGCGAUUUCGACGAUGAUUACGCAUUGCUUACUGAGCCUCCAUCAUCUCCGGUGAAACAGGUGCAAGGCAGAAACUUUGAGCUCGAAAAGGAGACCGUUCAGGCUAAUUUGGUGCAUGCUAAUAAGCUUAUUUCCAAGCUUAGGAGCUCUGCGUUAAAGUACAAAAACGAGAGAGAUCAGUUGAAACGACAGUUCAAAGAAAGACCCGCCGUCGCCAAUACCAAAGUGAAACCAGUGCACAUUACUAAGGACUCUCGUAAACGUGGACAACCAGGAAUACUGUCCAAAUUGGGCAACAAAUCUCACACUUCCUACGAAACAUCCCAGACAGAUGAGGGUGAUGACAGCUGGGAGAACUAUGACAUUUCCACUGCCACAAGAAGCACUUUUGAGAAAGUUAAAUCUGCAAGCACUUCAAAGUCAGAGAGAGAUCUUCCUGAUAGCGACUCCAACUCGGAUUCGGACCUUCCAGGAAUGAUACUGGCUGAUGAAAUCAGUGAUUUGUCUGAUGUUGAAGAUGACCUUCAAUUAUCGGUACUGGAUCAGAAGGCUGUCGAGCAAUAUGCUUCUGACCAUGGUUUAGUGAUUCUGCCAUAUGAUGAGUUUAAGAGACUGCAAAGCUUCGACGCAGAAAAGUCUGUGUCGUCAGAACAACAAGAUGAUUCUAUGGUUCAGGCUGCCAAAGAGUUCAAUAUCCUGGCUCUUCCAAAUACCACUAACCAUCCCGUGCAGACGGUAGAUUCUGUUGAAGAAUUGGUCCAAAAGUGUCGCAACCGGGGUUUGGUGGCAUUGAGAGAAAGUCAUUACGAGGAGCUAAAGCUGAAAGUAGAUCAUGUUGCGACUGAGCAGGAGCUUAUCCAAAUGGUUGAGCAGAGGGGUCUGACGGUUCUUCCAACAUCAGACUUCCUGCAGAUGAAGAGCCUUUCCGAAAAACCAUCCCCUGAGUUUAUCACAAUCAAAGCUCAAGACAUGGAUAUGCAGGUUUUGUCUAAUGCUGAGCUCGAAUCUUUGAAACAUCCUUCAGUUGCACAACUGGAGACUCUUGCUCAGGAGAAACAAAUGGUCAUGGUACCCCAAGACGUUUUUGCCGACUUGAAAACCACUGUCGCUCAACCCUCUGAGAAUCACCUCACCCUCAAAGCAGGGGCUUUGGGUAUGUCACUUAUCCCAAUCAAUGAGUACACCAAGCUGACGUCUUUCUUUAAAAAACCAUCCUUGGAGAAAUCUUUAGCUGUGGUACAAUCAGAAGGUUACGAGCCUAUCAAAUCUGAAAAACUGCAGAAGCUCACUGAGAAAGCCAAUCACUCUCCUUCUGUAGAGGAGAUCACUCAAAACUUGAAGCUAAAAGGUAUGCAAGUCAUUUCUUCUGAGGGACUCGCUGAGCUCAAACGAAAGGCUGAGACUCCGUCAAAAGAAGAACUUGUUGCUGCGGCCUCGAGCCUUGGCCUAGGAGUGUGUUCUAAGGCUAUCUCAGAGAUUUUGGUAUCUCCAGCAAAGGCAAUUAUCGAGAAAGCGAAGGAUCAUGGUUUGAUUGCAAUCACUCAAGAAGACUUUGACGCCAUUGUUAACCCGGCUAAAUCCAAGAUUGAGUCUCUCGCAUCAUCUCGUGGAAUGGUGGCCUUGGAAAAAGACACACACGACAAGCUUGUGGAUGCUUCUCUCAACCCCACGAAAGAGCUUAUACUCGAGCACUCCGAAUCUCAUGGGCUUGUUUCGGUUCCCGCAUCUGAUUAUACCCAGCUUGCUGAAACUGUAAAGUCUCCAUCGAAAGAAUUUCUAACCAAGAAAGCCGGAGAGGCUGGAAUGGUGCUUUUGUCAUCCGAUGAGCACGAAAAAAUUAUCAAGCAAUCAGAGGAGCCUUCGGAAGAGACUAUCAAGAGACAAUCCCAAAAGCUCGGAAUUGUUUUGCUUCCUACAGAAGAGCAUGAGUCUUUGGUGAAGAAUUCUUCGACCCCCUCUUUCGAACACAUCAAGCAGGUUGCUCAGAAAGUAGGUCUUGUGGUCGUACCUGAAGGUGAGUACAAAAACCUCGCGGAGACCUCUGCAAGUCCAUCGAAAGAUUUUCUGAUUGAAAGAUUACACUCUCUGGGUCUUGAGGUACUACAAUCGGCAGAACUGGAGAAUCUCAGAUCCCCCGACUUAAGUUUCAUAUCGGAAGCUGCUUCGAAGCAUGGGUAUGUCAACGUUCCGAAGGCUGAGUUUUCGGAGCUGAAUAGGAAGACUUUGUCACCUUCUAAAGAUGAGCUGAACCAACUUGCAAAUUCUCAGGGCUUUGUUGCUUUACCAGCGUUGGAAUACGAUGCUCUGAAAGAGUCUGCUCUUCAUCCGUCUAAAGAAACGGUUGUCAAUUCUUUAGGUGCCCUAGGUCUGGUAGAGAUGACCAAGAAAGAGCAUGAUGCUCUGAAGAGUCAAGUGAAAUCUCCAAGUCUGGAAUUCUUGACCAAUGCUUUGAAGUCUCGUGGUCUGGUCUCUGUGGAAGAGAAGCAGCUGAACAUUUUGAAGGAAAAUAUGGCUUCUCCAGAUGAAGAGUUCCUCAAAUCACAAGCUGCCUCGUUGAAUUUGUCUGUCGUUCCUAUAGCUCAGCUGAAUGCUCUCAAGGAAAAUGUUGACCAUCCUUCGGUAGCGUUUCUGACCGAGCGUGCCUCCGCAAUAGGCUAUUCAGUUCUUCCCAAAGAUCAGUUGGAGGAAUUGAAAGAGACUUCCAGAAAUGCAAUCAACCGCUCGCCAAUGAAAACACCUCCCAAGAGUACGGGAAUUGGCGUAUCGGUACCUACUGCGGUUCCAGUUCCAGUGUUCAACUCGUCUCCACUAUCCAGAAAACGUAACCAGCCUGCUUUUGAAACGGUGGAUGAGUUGAAGAAGAAAUGUGCAGACCAGGGUCUCGUGGUACUGUCCAAGUCGUCCUAUGAAGGCUUGAUAGUAUCCUCCAAGCGUGGAUUGACAUUUGUCGAACUUCGUGAGAAGAUCCAGCAGCAUGGAUACGUUGCUAUUUCCCAGAAAGAUUUUGACUCGAUGAAGUCCCCGAAUGUUGAGUUUUCUUCAGAGUUCUUGAGGAGUCAAGGAUAUGCUGUUAUACCAAAGGAAGAGUACAUGGCCCUCAUAAACGAGCUGAAAUCCCCCACAAUGGACUAUCUCUCCGAGAAAGUUAAGCCAUACAACAGAGUGAUUGUGAAGAAGAGUGAUCACGAUGCUUUGUUGAACGCUUCCACUGAGUUGUCAAACAUUAAAGCAGCCCCUAAGGUUAUUACAAAAGAGGAGAUUUUGGAUGAGGCUUCAAAUCAUGAGUUGAAGGCUUUGCCCCAGUCCGAAUUCAGUGAAUUGAAGGCAAUGAUUGAUUCUCCUUCGCGUGAUUGGGUUGUCAGUCAGGCACAUAAGAUUCAAUUGGUUGCCGUGGAAGAGAAUGAAUAUGCUACACUGAAAGACCUGGUUGAGCAUCCAAGUAUGGAUACAGUGAGAUCUGAAGCGACGCUAAAUGAUUUCAUCGUUAUCAAGAAAGAAGAGUUUGAAAAAAUAGAAGACAAAGCCAGCGAUCUGACCCUUGAACAGUUGAAACCCCUUGCCUUGAAGCUGGAUCAUGUUUGCAUCCAAAGGGAUACUUUUGACUCGAUCAGUGAAGCAUCCAAGCAGCCUUCUAUUGACCUUAUUCGUAAGAGGGCAGACCAAUUGGGACUUGUUUUGCUAACAAAGGAAGAGCAUUCAUCUCUUCUUGGAAGUAUAACGAAUCCAACAUUGAAAUACUUGCAAGAAAAGGCUUUGGGACUCGAUAUGGUUGUGGUUCACAAGGACGCUUAUGAUAAUCUUUUGAAUCCCUCGAAGGAACAAUUAAUAGAGAAGUCACACGAUGCUGGCAUGGUGACAUUGGCUAAUGAAGAAUACCAAGAAUUAACCCAACCGUCGAGAGAGACUCUACAACAUUUGGCAGAAAAGAGUCAGCUGGUGGUUCUGGAUACAACUGAGCAUCAUAAAUUGCUGAAUCCAACGCCAGACUUCUUGACGAGAAAAGCUCACGACUUGGACCUAGUUACUCUGUCUUCUUCUGAGCACAAAGAACUCAGUAAUCCUUCCAAGGAGCGGGUCGUUACUUUUGCGAAGUCUCAUGGUCUCGUAUCUGUUGAAACUUCUGAGUAUGAGAAAUUGAAAUCGCCUUCUAGGGAAGAUAUUGAACAUGAAGCAAAGUCAAUGGGCUUGAUUGCUAUAGAGUUAUCUGAAUACGAGCAGUUAUUCAAGCCUUCUGCUGAAACUAUCAGGUCUCUUGCACCAAAGUUCGGCAUAGUACCACUCAGCGCUUCAGAGCACGAAGGCCUCCUUAAUGAUAUUUCAUUCCCAUCAAAGGAAUACGUUAUUUCCAAGGCAGACAGUCACGAAAUGGUGGCAUUGGACAAAGAUGAGCUCGAGUCAUUGAAGCGCAAGAUAUCUAACCCCUCGUUGGAGUUCCUUGUGACAGCUUGUGAUGAGAUGGGUUUGGUGGUUCUAAACAGCGCGGACCAUUCUAAAAUGUUGACUGACCUGCAACAUCCGUCUAAGGAGUUGAUUACCUCUGAGGCCCCAGUGCAUGGCCUUCGUGUGGUGGAAGCUGAAGAGCUUCAAAGACUUCAGAGGAUCGAGAUCGAAAGCUCUAAAAAUAUUUCACCAGCCGUUUUGGACGAGGAGAGUCUUCGAAAGCUAGCUGGCAAGUUAGACCUAGCCUUGAUUACUGAAGUCGAGUAUUCAGACCUUCUGAAGAGAAAAGCAGUUGAGACCAAGGAAGACCUUGAAGUUGAAGCUAAAAGACUUGGCUUCGAUCUGGUUCCAGAAUUGAAUACUCAGAGCUUCCCUCCAUCACCUGUGAAAUCUUUCUAUACCGUUGCUUCAGAAGAGUUCCAUGAUGCGGUUGAUCACUUUGAUUUGUCAGAACAGCCUUCCAGGAACUCUGUUUAUGUUGAUGCCGUUAGCACUCAAGAAACAGACGUUAGGUCUGCACUGACCAAGGAGGACAUAAACGAAGAUUGGUUGCGGGCAAGAGCUCUCUCGUUUGGAUACAGACUAGCUCCUCUUGAUGAAGAACUGUCAGGUGAUGAGACUUCAAUUGAAGAUAUGACGGCUCAAAGAGUGACGGUUACGUCAGGCAGAUUAUCUGGUGAACUCAGAAGUCCUUCUAUUGAGGAGAUCAAGAGGUUUGCAAAUGAAGCGGGUUAUGAUGUUUUGAGUAGGCCAGAGGUGGACCGUUUGAAAGCAUUGAAAGAGCACAACGAUAUAGUGGAUAUAAAAUUGUUGGAACAUUCAGCAGCGAAUCUGGGCUGUGUGAUUAUCAACAAAGAUGAGUUAUCUAUGCUCAAGUCAAAAUCGGCUGCAAAUUCAUCUGAUGACUCCAAAGCCAACUUGGAGCUCCUGGCAUCAAAGCUUGGAUUAGUCGUCACCACGCCUGCUGCCCUUGACAAGUUGAAGAGCAGAAAUGUGACGACGCAAGACCUUGCGGCAAAAGCAGCUGAACUGAACUUGAAGUUGGUGAGUGCGGAUGAGAUUGCCAUCACGGAAUCAAGUAUGAGAACUUUUGCGGUAUCCAAAGGUUUCUUGUUAAUCCCUAAAUCAGCCUAUAUCGCCACCACUGUUGCCAAAGAACCGGAUGUUGAUAAGGUUGUUGCUGUUCCAGCGACGUAUUACAACAAACUGGUGAGGAGUCAUACGUGGUACAAGAACUCUAGUGGCAAGGGUGAUGAAAUCUCACCCCAGUCGCCUGAAAAACCGGUUGGGGUAUCUCUACACAACAGAGGUAUUUCCAAUGCUGGUGAUUCUAUCAUUGAGCCGCCAAAAUCUCUGGACCGUCUACUGCAGAGCACCUCGGCCAACUCUAUACAUUCUCAGAUCUCCAUUGGUACUGAGAUCUCUUUCACUGAUAAAGUCAUGGUAUCUGCGAUUACUCAAACCAUGAUUGGCGAGUAUCUCUACAAGUACUAUCGUCGUUUGGGCCCUCUCAGCUCGAUAUCAGAGAACAGACACGAAAGAUAUUUCUGGGUCCAUCCAUAUAGUAUGACACUAUACUGGUCUACUGUGAAUCCUGUUCUUGGAAACCCAUCGGACAACAAGAUCAGAGCUGCUGCCAUUCUGGGAGUUGAGAGCGUUGAUGAUAACAACCCAUUGCCUGUUGGCCUCUACCAUAAGAGCAUUCUCAUUCAUUGUUCGGAACGCACCAUCAGGGUCACAUGUCCAACCAGACAAAGGCACAACAUCUGGUAUAACUCCCUCCGCUACUUGAUACACAAAAGCGUGGAUGGUGCUGAUGACAAAGACGAAGACCAGUACGACUUGUCGUAUCAACUGGACCAAAAGACGGAAAUCGAGCGUUCCAUGACUUUCCGCCAUUCACAGCCAAGAAAGAGUGUUCUCGGCUACCGCACAUCUUCCAAUCCAAUACCAAGAAGUGUGACCAAUCAAUCGAUUCUCAGCAGCAUGAUGUCGAACACCAAAUAA